UAUAAUUUUAAAUAAUUUAGAAAUGUUUUCAACUUGUGAUAUCGACCAGAUACUUCCUAAUUUAUACCUAGGAAGUAUAUUUGCAGCUGGAAAUGAAGAGACUCUUGAAGAUAAUGAAAUCACUCACAUUUUAACAAUGGGUAAUUAUAUGGAACCAAAGUUUCCUGAUAAGUUUGAAUAUAAAGUUUGAAAGUUAGACGAUGAUGAUACUGAAGAUAUAAAGCAAUACUUUCACGAGGGAAUCGAAUUUAUUGACGAGGCUAUUAAAAAUGGAGGAACUGUUUUUGUGCAUUGAGCAGCGGGAGUUUCAAGAUCUUCUUCUAUGAUUUGAGCUUACUUAAUGAAAACAUAUAACUGGAAAUUUGCAAAAGCUUUAAGCUUCACCCAAGAAAGAAGAUGGGUAGUCUGACCAAACUCUGGAUUCCAAAAACAAUUGCAAGAAUUUGAAAUUGAAGAAGGGAUAUAGAUCGUAACACUAUUAAGGGUUCAAUGCGUAAAAUAAUUUGG